AUGUCUGGCCGCCUGCAGCCGGACAGGUCCCAGAGCGGACGCUCCUCCGAAAACACCUCCUCUCCCCAUCCUGUGCUAGGCAAGAUGAUUCUUCCACGUCUUGAUGGCGCUUCCUACGAAACCAGUUCUGUCCCCAAAAGAACACCCCAUGCGUGUGAGAGGUGCAGGACCCUGAAGGCCAAGUGCACAGGUGGGACGCGAUGUGAGAAAUGUGUACUUGACAAGGCGGAAUGCAAGUAUGGGGAUGGUAAACGAGAACGAAACAAAAAGGAAAUGGCUUCUCAGCUGCAGAAGAGUACUUCCUUGAUUCAUCAGAAUGAACAGCUGCUUGCAGCGCUAAGAGAAGUCACUGAUGACCCAGCUUUUGACGCCAAGAAGCAUCCAAACGUGCUGCAAUUGCUCUCAAAGUAUCCGUCAGCGGACAGUCCAGAAACCGUCGAAGCUCCCGGUAAAGGUCGACGCCGAGAUAGAGGCUCCCAUGACGAGGGCGAGACUGCCACCGUCGCCAGUAUUGCCUCACCCGGAGCUGCAGACAGCCAAGCACCGCCGGUGAGCUUGGGUAUUGGCUCUGGUGCAUCAGGCUACAUAGGCAAGAGCUCAGAGAUCUCCUGGCUGCAACGUGCACAGGAACAGAUGGCGAGGCAGCACGUUAACGUUGACCACACUUCUCUAGAGCCAGAUGACAACCAUCCACAUGGAUCAUACAUGGACUAUCACAUGGACGAAGCCAACUUGCUUGCUGUCGACGAAGACACAGUCAAUCCAAUGGAGGUGCCACCACUGCCAGUAGCAAAAGCAUUGGCUACGGCUUAUUUCAAAACUGUUCACAAUAGCUUUCCCCUGGUGGCUCAAGAUACGUUCAUGGAUGUUUUGAUAAGUCAGUUCCAUGUCCAGCCCCCGCUUUCCUGGGAAGGUCGACGAUGGCUGUCCUUGGCCAACAUAAUCUUUGCAGUUGGCGCCAAAUGGUUGUACUUGACGCGUGCGAGGAAUGCUGAUACGCAGUCACCAACUAUUGGCCCGGGCGACCACAUUGUAUACUAUGCUCGGGCAAGAUCUCUCGGACUUGAUCACCGGCUAAUCAUGGAUCACCCACUCAUCGAACAGAUUCAAGCUUUGGGCAUUCUCGGGCUCUACCUCAUCGUAAAUCACCAGAUCUCUCGGGCCUGGACCACCGUGGGACAUGCAAUCCGUCAUGCUAUUGCUCUUGGCUUACAUCUCCGCGUAGGAGUAGGCAUCGAUCUCAAUGAGCUGCAACGCCGUUCGCGCACAUGGUGGGCUCUUUAUGGCCUUGAACAACUCUUAGGAGACUUUACUGGUCGACCCACAUCGAUUCCGGACAGCGAUAUCGCGAUUCCGCUAGACUGGUCAAAGAAGGGCGAGGUGGCUUCCCCACCCUCUCAAACCGACUCGCGCGCAAUGGCUACGCAAAAAGCGUUCCCAAGUGAAUCAUCAAUCGGACUUGAGGCUAUGAAGUUCUCUCCUCACUUGUACUUCGUCUGUCGAACCCGUCUAAGUAUCCUUGGCCACAAGAUUCGUUCCUCGCUAUAUGCGUCUGGCAGGACGAAUCAGCCUUGGUCCAGGUUUCAGCAGAAUAUCCGAGACUUUGAUCAAGAGCUUACUCGAUGGUCAUCAAACCUUCCCGAAGCCAUGAGAUUGCCUCCCAGAAUAGAUAUUCAGACAUCAGGCCGUAGUCAAGAUUGGCUCCGUGAUCAGUUUGAAUUAGCCAUGGCAUAUCAGAGCACACGAAUGAUCCUCUUCCGUCCUUGCCUCUGCCAUCUAGAAGGAGUAAUACCGUAUGAAUCAGCUCUUUCACGAGGCAUCAACCACCAAGCGGCCGUGUCUUGUGUAAAUGCCGCACGAACCCUACUAGCUCUAUUACCAAAGGGCUCGGGUAGCGCUCACCCAUCUCAGAUGCUUCCAUGUUGGAGCCUUCUGCAUUACCUGACUCAAGCCGGAGCCGUGUUGAUUCUGGAGCUGGGCCUCAAAGCUGAGCAUAUGCCAUUACAGGUCAAAGAGCUGCUAGACGAUACUGGGAAGGUCAUAGCGUGGCUGGCAGACAUGGCGACUGACUCAUUGUCUGCCUGGAAGAGCUGGGAGAUAUGUCGCAAGCUUUACUUACAAGCCGUUGCAGGCAUGGGGGUGGACGUGAUGAUACCGGAGAACAUACAGAAGCCACCGGGGUGGAAACCCGCGUACGAGCAGCUACUUUCCCAGGCAUUAAAUGUGCCUGCGAAUCAGCAACAAAACCUGCAAAUGCUGCAUCAUCUGCACCCUCACGUCGGAAUGUCAUUUGUACCAGCCUCGGAAACCAUGUUUGUGGAACACUUGACCCAAGCCUCGUGGCCCCUGUUGCCUGAAAUGCCCGUUCCAGACGGCACGAUGGCGUUCGAUGGGCCGGAAGUGUAUCCGCCCUCCACUGGCGACAUGGCAGGCGAGAUGGAUUGGAGGACGUAA